CAUCUAACAAAAUGACCACCGGCAUCUCUGAAGAGGACAUGAAGAGGAUCUUCAGUCAUUUUGACGCCAAUGGAGAUGGCAAGAUAUCAUCAGAGGAGCUCGGAGAUGCUCUUCGUAGUCUUGGCUCCGCUUCUUCCGAUGAAAUCAAGUCCACGAUGGCCGAGCUCGAUACCGAUGGUGACGGCUACAUUGAUUUUGAUGAAUUCGUUUCUUUUUGCAAGGCUAACCCCGGUCUCAUGAAAGAUGUUGCCAAGGUUUUCUAAGAGUUCAAACCCUUGCGUAAACUCAUUAGCUUGUUGUUCUUCUGUUUUGUUCUAUAUUGUCUUGUUUCCUUGGGAAUAUUUGGAUGUUAAUAAUAUUUGGGUAGUGGUUGCCUCU